CUACCAAAAACAUUUUCAUUCCCAAAAUUAACGUUUCUCUCUUCUGCUAGUUGAGAGGAUACCACGCGUUUACCAGAUAUCUAGAGGAGCAUAUUUGUGAGAAAAUGGCUACCAAAGUGUAUAUUGUUUACUAUUCAAUGUAUGGACAUGUUGAGAAGCUGGCCCAAGAGAUACAAAAAGGAGCCUCAUCUGUGGAAGGAGUAGAAGCAAAGCUUUGGCAGGUAUCAGAAACCCUACCAGAAGAGGUUCUUGGAAAGAUGGGCGCACCACCAAAGAGUGAUGUGCCUAUCAUAACACCAAAUGAGCUUGCCGAGGCUGAUGGUGUUCUUUUUGGUUUCCCCACUCGAUUUGGGAUGAUGGCUGCACAGUUCAAAGCAUUCAUGGAUGCAACUGGUGGUCUGUGGAGAUCACAACAGCUAGCAGGCAAACCUGCUGGAAUUUUCUACAGCACUGGAUCCCAAGGAGGUGGACAAGAGACUACCCCCUUAACUGCAAUUACACAGCUUGUUCACCAUGGAAUGUUGUUUGUGCCAAUUGGGUACACAUUUGGAGCUGGCAUGUUUGAGAUGGAGAAGGUGAAGGGUGGAAGUCCCUAUGGUGCAGGAACCUUUGCUGGGGAUGGCUCAAGACAGCCUUCCAAUCUAGAGCUAGAGCAAGCACUCCACCAAGGGAAGUACUUUGCUGGCAUUGCAAAGAAGCUCAAGGGAUCUGCCUGAUUUUCUCUCCUAUCCCAGUAUUAUUCAGCUCUCUAAGAUAUUUUGCUUGCCCUGGAACUACAGAUUCUACAUAAUAAUAAUGUGCUUUGUGGAAUGUUGUUUCUUCAACACACUGGCUUAUGUUUUAUGAUUGAAAUGUUUCUAUUAUUUCUUCUAAGUGAGAAUUUUUCCACACGAAUAUUCUGCCUGUACAUGACUAAAGAUAGCUCCCAAAA